AUGAUUGCUGCUUUGGGUUUGAUAGCGCUUAACUGCCAAGCCAUCCAGGGUUUGUAUGACUCGGAUUGUCCCGGGAACUACUACGGAACAGACUGCAGUUUAAGCUGUGGAAAAUGUGGCGGGAACGGAACGUGCUACAAAACAAACGGAUACUGUAAAAAUGACUGCAUAUCCGGGUACGCGGGUUUCUUGUGCCAAGAAAAAUGCUCGAAUACAUGUGGAGGGUACGGGAGCUGUAUAAAGAGUAACUUGUUCUGUCUGCACGGUUGUAAAGCUGGGUACACGGGCCAUCUUUGCGAUUGGAAAGAUUUGAACACGCCGACCAUGAACGAGUGUUCAAACUGUCUACAACCCUGUGGUCCUAAUGGGUGUGUUAACAGCUGUGUGACUGGGUUCUAUGGCUUGUACUGUAGUUUGGUUUGUGCUUGUCCGCUAGGGGUUCCCUGUCAACAAACCAGUGGGAGUUGUAUCACCCAAAGAGGGAAUUUUACUCCUUCUGUGGCACCUGAUGUGACAGUAACAACGCCAUCAAGUGCACCAAUGAUGACUUUGUUUAUUGAACUGUUUGCUUAA